CAAAGGGUCUGAGUACUUUCCGAAGGCACUGUAACUCGUCUGAUUUAUCGCCUACCAACAUGGUCCUAUUUUACUUUGGUUACAACUAACAAUACUUCCCGAAGGCACUGUAACUCGUCUGUUUUAUCGCCUACCAACAUGGUCCUAUUUUACUUUGGUUACAACUAACAAUACUUUCCGAAGGCACUGUAACUCGUCUGAUUUAUCGCCUACCAACAUGGUCCUAUUUUACUUUGGUUACAACUAACAAUACUUUCCGAAGGCACUGUAACUCGUCUGAUUUAUCGCCUACCAACAUGGUCCUAUUUUACUUUGGUUACAACUAACAAUACUUCCCGAAGGCACUGUAACUCGUCUGUUUUAUCGCCUACCAACAUGGUCCUAUUUUACUUUGGUUACAACUAACAAUACUUCCCGAAGGCACUGUAACUCGUCUGUUUUAUCGCCUACCAACAUGGUCCUAUUUUACUUUGGUUACAACUAACAAUACUUUCCGAAGGCACUGUAACUCGUCUGUUUUAUCGCCUACCAACAUGGUCCUAUUUUACUUUGGUUACAACUAACAAUACUUCCCGAAGGCACUGUAACUCGUCUGUUUUAUCGCCUACCAACAUGGUCCUAUUUUACUUUGGUUACAACUAACAAUACUUCCCGAAGGCACUGUAACUCGUCUGUUUUAUCGCCUACCAACAUGGUCCUAUUUUACUUUGGUUACAACUAACAUAUUGAAUGCAACGCAGGAAUACAAUACAUUCAGUAAAAGUAUUUGAUGUAGUAGGCUAGAUCAAAGCCUGAUACAGUAGCGAAGUUCCUUGGUCCAAUCAGAUUCCCCACAUUUGUUUGGCGUAGCAACCACCUGCAUCUGGCAGGCACACGUGCUGGCAGGCUCGGUUCAUUUGGGAUGCGAGGCUGCAGUCGCAUUCCCAUUCAUAGUUUACGUCUCUCGACACCGAGCCGACCUGGGAUCAGUUGAAAGUAGGGACUAGGACGAGUUUAGGCUUUUUUCAUGACGGUCCAGGCACAGACAACGCAUAUAAAGGAUCUGCAGACUCCAUAGCCCAUGGAGUGUUUGUUAGAAAUAAUGUAUCUUAACUCCGACAAAUGGUUCCUGCUUGACAGAGAUCAGUAUCAAUGGAAGAGGCCGAGCACUAGCAGACAGCAAUCGAUGCCACAGAAGGAUGACAGUUCAAAGAAAAAGCUGGUCAGUGAGAAGAGCAUUUUCUCAAACCCUUCCCUCUUCACCCGAGGCAGUCAAGGAGUGGCCACUGCAAGUCAGCUAAGGGAGUUGUCUUCGUACCAGUCUUCUUGUGGAGGAGUGACCCCUGAGAGACUCCUCACCUGCUGGUCUGAGACUCAGAGCUGUGAUACAGGCCUCUCUACUGAACAGAGCUCUCUCUACUCAUGGAGAUAUGAUGAGUUUGACAGAGUGAACACCCAGCGUGUGCGUCAGCUAUUCAGUGAUGUGGACGAGCUGCUGUAUGAAGGGAGGGUGAACAGCAGCUCCCUGGGACUGCAGGAGGAGUGUCAGGAGUGGAACGGACACUCCCCACACCUCAGAAUUCUGGGUAAUCAGCUGGAGUCGCCCAAUCAGGAAGGGUUUCAGUACGUUCACAGGAGAGUGGAGGCCAGUGGAGGGAGAGGGAGUGCAGUGCUGCCCCCGUGUGUGGACAAGAGGGAGAACUCUGGAGAGUUAUGUGUUGAAGGUCACGGUCUUACCCCAACUCCCUGCACAUUACAGGGGGCAACCCCUCUCUCCCACUCUCUCUGUGAUCACUCAUCCCUUCUACAAGAAGAGGUCUACGAGGCAGAGGGAAGGAUGGAGGAAUUUCUUGCCUAUGAUGCCAAAGACACGGAGGAUGAGUGGAUGAGUCAGAGAGGAGUCUCGGGAUGUGUGGGGGCAGCAGGGAGAUCCGGGGUACCCCCUGUGUCUCCCCACACCUGUAUCAGGGAUGCCGUGGCUGACGAGGCCUUUGAUGACAUGUGGAGGGAGGUGGUGAACUCUCUGGGGGAGCUCCUCCACAAACACUGGCAGAGACAAAUCACUGGUGGAGCAGGUCACAGAGGAGUGUCGGAGGCUCUUGGUGGAGUCUUGGGUGAUCCCUCUCCUCACAUCAACAGUAAAUGUCAGCGUGUCCCUCUCUCCAGGGGCUCCAACACACGUAGCAUGCUGCUGUGGUCCAACUGUUGCCCCAGUACACAGGCCUCUCAGGUAUCAAGUACCUUCAAGAUUAAUUUAAACGGUGUUAUGACAAUCCAAGCUAAGCCUCUUCAACAAAGACAACAUGGAUUUGCAGAGAAGUCUCAUUGUGAUCUGGAGGACAGACUCAGCAGAGCUCCAGCCCCCACUAUGUCUCCAUCCAGGAGAGCAUGUAGUACGUCCUCCCACAGAGCCCCAGGCCCAGCCCAGCGAGGCCUGCCCCUGCCCAGGCUCCAUAUCUGCUCAAGACCCAGCUCCACCUCCAGAAGUACCAGCUCCAGGGGCAGGGCCAGGAGCUGCCUCAGCCCCAGACACACUGUCCCCAGACACCAGGUCAUCAGAGGAACCAGACUUACCACAGUGACAGAAGGACAGCCGUCCCCAAUCCUCAGUUCAAUACAGAACCAGAGGCUCCUCCCCCUCCUCCAUGCUGACCAAUCAGAGCUGGAAACCUCAGUGAGUACUGCUGCACCCAUGCAGCUCAGGGGGAGGAUUCUUCAAGGAGGACAUACCACUGUACCCAUCUCCAUCCUUCCACUCCUCAGAGAGCCCACUCUGCUGUUGGAGUCCCUGUCUCGUCCCAACACCACACACAUACUCCGGUCAGACACACCCAUGAAGCGAUUGUUCACUCCCAUGGAUUUCACCUGCCACAUGAAGACUGGGAAAGGGCCUCACCCAGGUGACUGUGCUCCGAUUGGAGUGACAGGCUUUGGCGUGGGUAUCACCUGCUCCGGCUCCAGUGGCUUCUCCGUGAGCACCAUGGCAAUGAUGAGACGCCAGCGCCCGCUAUCCUCCUCUGUGGAAGUAGAGAGUGGGACCGAACCACUGCUGUUAGGUGUUCCUCAUCAACGUAAAGUGUUUGGUCGGUUUCCUGGUCAUGUGAAGAAGAGACUCCAGGUGGUGUUGUCAUAGGAGCACAGUCCAGACAGGAAGACCAGAAUGCAUCAGGAACACCAACAAUUGGAAUUAAUGGGUGUGACUUGAUGAAGUACAGCUACGGUGAGAUUUACCAUAGAACUAAAACAAGAGUUUGGACUUACGUUUUGAAGCCAUUGCUGUGGUGAUAGUUAGCUAGCCUCCCUGACAGUGGCUAUCUAGAGGUAAGACCGCAAUGUGCAGAUAACGGGUGGACAAUAAGGACAAGGUUUUAAUUUGAAAAUAGCACAUUUAGGUUGCAAUGGCAUUUAGCAGGACAAAUCUGCUUGGUUAUAUUUUAUAUCUGCCGUUUUAAUUAGAUACAUUGUAGUUUAUUUAUGUGGCAUGAGCAAUUACAGGAUAGGACAAAUGUGAUUAAAUACAUUGUCCACUACUGUUUGUUUACCUAGAUGUUGAUUUUGCAAGCUAGCUAGCAUUGUGAAGCAGUGUCUAUGCAUACAAGCAAUCGUACGCUGAUAUUUCAUCCAAAAUCAACAAUCGCCAGUGAAAUAUUGAUUGUUUUUUUGUGAAAAUCUAAGUGAUAUCAAAUACAGUACAAUAUGAGGCCUCCCGAGUGUCGCAGCAGUCUUAGGCACUGCAUUACAGUGAUUGAGGUGUCACUACAGACCCAGGUUAAAUCCCAUGCUGUGUCGCUGCCGGCUGCGACUGGGAGACCCAUGAGGUGGGCACAAUUGGCCUAGCGUUGUCCGGGUUAGGGGUUUGGCCGGCUGGGAUGUCCUUGUCCCAUCACCCUCUAGCGACUCCUUGUGGCAGGCCAGGCAAUUGCAAGCUGACUUCAGUCGCCAGCUAGACGGUAUUUCCUCUGACACAUUGGUGCGGCUGGCUUCCGGGUUAAGCAAGCAGUGUGUCAAGAAGCAGUGCGGCUUGGCAGGGUCGUGUGGUAAAAAAAAAGUGGUAAAAAAAAGUAUUUAAAAUAAAAAGGCAGAAACUGCUUCUCCAAUAGCCUACAACUGUGAUCAGGGAUUUCUAUGUCAUGGCGACGUUGGCUAGCUAAGCUCGUGCAGAAACACAUCAUCAGGUUUAACGGUCGCCACGUGCCGAACUUCGCAUGUGCAUACCAUCAAAUCAAAGGGACUCCUUUAAUAUAAAGCUAUUUUUGACUAAAAUGAAAACGUGUCACUUUCACUUGGUUGGAGUAAUAACAUGUUCAACUACUUAAGACAUUGUCUCAUAAGUUGUGCCUUUAGAUUUCGAGAAGUAAGGAAGAAUUUCUCUUCUCUCAUGGACCCCAAACCCUGGCCUGGUCUGCUUGGUCUUCUAUAAACUCCAAACCCUGGCCUGGUCUGCUUCGUCUUCUAUAAACCCCAAACCCUGGCCUGGUCUGCUUGGUCUAGUUCUCAAGCAUUCCCGGAAGUCUUGCGAUGUUGCGCAUGUGGCGAUAUCCAACUCAGACUCAUCAUCUGGCUUCAAAACGUAAAUCCUCACUCUUGCGGAAGUUCAAUGGUAAAUCUCAUCCGUAGCUGUAUUCUAUGUAGUCAUAACCGGGAUUUAUGGAAACAACAGCAAGAAGGGUCCAAUUGGAUUUCCAUUUGGCUAAACUAUUCUCAAUACAAUGUUUUUUAUUAUUACAUUGAUUGAUGAAACCAUAACAUUUAUACAGAUUAUUAGCUGCUUCUUAACACGAGGUCAUUACUAAAUCUAAUUUCAAUGUGGCUAAAUGCAUUUGGUAAAUGAGCCAUGUUAGGAGGAAAAACAUGAACUAGGUCCUACUUGUAUGUUUUCUACAGAAAUGUCAGUGUCUUGAAAACCCUAGUUUUUUCAAGGAAUGAUCAUUCAUUCAAAUAUUGUUUUGAAAUUGUAACAAUAUAAUUUUGAAAUGCAAUAAAUGGCUAUUUCUGUUACAUGCACAAUUGUAUUUCUGGA